GCUGUUUAAAACUUUUUGGAAGUAAAGUACUGUCUAUCCUAAUACUGAUAAGUCACCUGCAGGGCGUUGCCCACAUCCGACUUCGCUAAGGCUCUCAACCGCAGCCUGCCCAUGAAGGCAACCCUCGCUUGCUUGGCUGAAGCCGUUAAAGAAACAACGCGGAAUCCUAGAGUGAAGAAGGCAGCAGUAGAACUUACGGAGGCAGCAGCAGGUCGAGUCCGCGAGCUUCUUAGCAAGAGACACAAGGAAUACCUGAAACUUGGCGUUAAGACGCGCGGUUGCAGCGGCCUCAGUUAUACGCUCAACUACGCAGACACCAAGGGCAAGUUCGAUGAGCUGGUUGAGGACAAGGGCGUCCGCAUCCUUAUUGAGCCGGCCGCUUUAAUGCACGUUCUGGGGACCAAGAUGGAUUUUGUCGAGGACAAGCUCAGGCAAGAGUUCGUGUUCAUCAACCCCAACGCUAAAGGCACUUGCGGAUGCGGAGAGUCCUUCACAACGUGAUACCUGCCAUGGAGCUGGAGCAUCAAAGCAUUUGGACGUAGUGGCGCGCUUGGCUGGAGUAUGUGGUUAGCAGCUUUGCUAGCACUGUAGCUAGCGGGAAAUGUCAGGGAGUUUCCGCCGUGAGGUGACAGCCCUGACUAGUAUGCCAGCAGCAGCCUGGGGCGGGAACCUUACGGGCUCUGCAUGUGACUCGAAUUAUGUGAAUUGCAAAGAAUUGAUGCUGCAAGGACUGAUUGCUGAGAACGUUUCGUGUUCUAUUAGGCUAGGCUCAUGGGAGUGUCUUGACGAGGGUUUCUUACAUGGGAGCCCGUUGGUUUAUACACACGGGAGCCCGUUACCCGGGUCAGGCGAUUAGAAGAAUAACUCCUCUAUUAGCAGGUUGGAGAAUUUGCACCAUUGCCGCGGGGAAGGAUUGAUUCCUUUCGGGAUCCGAAGCCAACGUGAAGACUUGUCACAUCGUCAACGUC